AUGAAGAUGGAAAAUCUGUCCCCAGAAAGGGCAGAUGGACCCAGUGAGGCAACGGAGCUCCUGAGCAAGUGGAAUCAGCUCUGGAAUGAGACUCAGUCACAUGAGAGAAUUCAUCCUAGGAAGAAAUUCUAUAAAUGUAAAAAAGAUGUAAACGCCUUCAGCAUAAGCUCUGAUAUAGCUGUACACAAAAGAAAACAUACAAGAGAGAAAUCCUAUGAAUGCAGUGACUGUGGGAAAGUCUUACACUCAAUCUUAUAUCUUAAGAAGCAUGAGAAAACCCACGCUACAGGGAAAUCUUUUGAAUGUAGUCAGUGUGGGAAAACAUCCCAGAGACACUCAUACAUGAAGCUGCACGUGAGAAUCCAGAAUGGAGAAAAACCUUUUACGUAUAAUCAAUGUGGGAAAACCUACAGCUCAAGCUCUUACCUUACAUGGCACAAGAGGAUUCACACUGGGGAGGAGUCUUAUGAAUGCCAUGACUGUGGAAAAACCUUCAGAGAUAGCUCACUUCUUAGACAACAUGAAGGAAUUCAUUCAGGGCUUGGAGAAGGCCACAUGGAUGAUGAUGACCAUGGGCAGGAGAAACUUGAGAUCACUGACUGGGAUCUCCAGAAUGGCUUCAACCCUGAUUGGCAGCACCCCUGGCAGACCAAGGAAGAGGCCACCUAUGGGGUUUGGGCAGUGGGUGACUCUGAUGCUGAAAGGCCCAGCUUUCAGGGCAAAUGGGCCCAGGACUGCUCUGCGCCAGUCACCUUCAUCAGCGUGGGGCUCCACAAAGGCACAGCAGAGGAGAUGGACUGGGAAGAUUCAGAUGACAAAGAGACACCUGCUCUUAAGCAGGAUGACCUUCCCUUCCUAUGGAUUUUGGACCAAAGAAAUUCAGAACAAGUGGCAAUUUUCAGCCUGGUCAGAAAGUGUUUGCAGGAGGAACCAUGUCUUUCCCGGACUUUGGCAGCUGGGAAAGAAACACAAAAGGAAUUGGACAGAGGCUUCUUCAGAAGAUGGGCUAUGUCCCUGGAAGGGGCCUUGAGAAGAACACACGAGAAGAAGCCCAAAUGCUUUUCCAGGACAGUGGAAGCCUUGAAGGCCCUGGGCAGGGUUAGCAUGAAGCUCACCCCUCCCCAGAAGGAGCUGUCUCAGGUCAAGGUCAUAGACAUGACAGGCUGGGAGUAAAAGGUCUACUACAGCUACCGCCAGAUCAGCCACCGACACAGCAUCCCCAACUAUGGGCUCCCUCGGCAGUGCCAACAGCCACCACAGCCCAACAAAGAGGCCAAGGGCAUGGGUUUCACACUGCCCAAGCUGGAGCACAACCUGCAGCUGCUCAUUGACUGCACAGAGCAGGAGAUCAUCCAGAAACACUGGCAGCUGCAGUACAAGUGGGACACUGUGAUCAACCUCUUCCAUGAGCUGGAGAAGUCCAAGGUCUUGUUCCAUGAGGACCGGGUCAUCUCCAACCUCAUCAAGGUCCUGGAGAUGAUGGAGCAGUGCGAGCGGUGGGUGCAGCCCAACUGCAGCAGCCCCCUCACCCCGGACAAGUGCUCCCAAGUCUUACAAACCCUCCAGGAUGAGUCCUGCGAGGAUCAUAGGACGUUGCACCACAUGGACCUCACCGUGGCCAUCAGCUAUCUGCUUAUGAAGGAGUACUUAAAGGAGUGGGAUCCCCUCUGAGACCACACUUAUGGCACCGAGACCAUCUCCAAAUGGAAAAGCUUCCUGGAGAAUGACCAGCUCUUGUGCCUUGGUGGGCAGAACCCCUCGAAAGGCCCCUUUCACAGGUUGAUAUGGGAAGUCUGGAUGCCUUUGGUUCGAAAUAGUGUCACCCAGUGGCAGCCAAGAAACUGCAAGCUGAUGGCGGACUUUCUGGAGAGCUGGGUGAACCUUAUUCCAGUGUGGAUUUUAGAGAACAUACUGGACCAACUCAUCUUCCCCAAACUGCAGAAGGAGGUGGAAAAGUGGGACCCACUGAUGGACACUGUUCCUGUUCACUUGUUCCACCCAUGGCUGUCCCUCAUGCAACGGCUGGAGCCACUCUGUACCCUCCUCCUCAGCAAGCUGUCCAGUGCCCUGCACAAGUGGCACCCUAGGGACUCCUCUGCCAAGCUCAUCCUCCAGCCCUGGAAAGAUGUCUUCACCACUGGUCCCUGGGAAGCAUUCAUGGUCAACAACAUAGUGCCCAAACUGGGGAUGUGUCUUGGUGGGUUAAUUAUUAACCCCCACCAGCAGCACAUGGAUGCUUUCUAUUGGGUGAUGGACUGGAAAGGGAUGAUCUCCAUCUCCAGCCUGCUGGAGCUUCUGGAUAAGCAGAGCUUCUUCCCCAAGUGGCUUCAGGUGCUUCAUUCCUGGCUCAGUAACAGCUCCAGUUAUGAGGAGGUCACCAAGUGGUACUUGGGCUGGAAAUCCAUGUCAGACCAAGUGCUGGCAUAUCCAUCCAUUGAGAACAAAUUGAAUGAAGCACUUGAUAUCAUGAACAAGGUGGUGUCCUCCAAUAUUGGUGUCUCCAUGUAGCCAGGAGCGAGGGACAACGUUGCCUAUCUUACCCACACAGAGCAGAGAAAGGACGUCCAGUACCAGGCCAGGCAGGAGAGAUGGGAGGCUGAGAACAUGGUGCAGAAGGGCAUCUGCAUAGCUGCCAGCUCCAUGCCCAUGAACUUUAAGGACCUCAUCGAGACCAAAGCUGAGGAGAACAACCUUGUCUUCAUUCCCAUCAUUGGGAAGUGACAGGGAAAGAAGCAGCUCUACACUUUUGGCUGCAUCAUGAUCUACAUCCACUGGGGAGUGGUGUUCAUCUGGGGCAAGAAGACCUGGGUGCCCACCUCCCUGCAGAGCCUAAUCAACAUGGCCAAAUACAGAGUGGCAGGUCUGGAGCAGCCCAUGUUGCAGGGAAAUAUAAGCAUUUUUACAUUGUUGAGCCUUUCCAUUUUCCACUUGAGAAACUGUUUUAGAAACAUUAUGCUCCACUGGAAACUUGAGCCCCUGCGAUUUACCCUGCUUGCCUCUUGGGCCCACCUUCUUACAAAAACCAGGUACUUCAACUUCCAACCUGUCCAAUAUCUACGAGAAGUGAACAAAUGUGUGCAGACUCUCCAUCAAACUGUCCCUGAUCCCUACACCCUCCUCAGCCUGCUGGCAGCAUCCCACAAGAUCUACGCUGUGCUAGAUCAUAAAGAUGCCUUCUUCAGCCUCCCGCUGGCCAAGACUAAAAAGGAGGUCUGUGAAUUCUUGGGUACAGUAGGCUACUGCCGCCUCUGGAUACCUGGAUUUCCUGAAAUAGCUAAGCCCUUAUACUCUAGCACUGGGGAAAAACACGCCUCCCUGUCGUGGACAGAGAUUGAACAAAAGGCCUUCAGUGAUUUGAAAAAUGUGCUUACCACAGCUCCUGCCUUGGCACCACCAAACGUAAAUAAGCCCUUCACCAUGUUUGUCACUGAGAAACAAGGCAUAGCCAAGGGAGUACUCACCCAGGCACUGGGUCCAUGGAAAAGGCCUGUGGCCUACCUCUCUAGGAAACUGGAUAAUGUAGCUGCUGGAUGGCCAGCGUGUCUCCGGGCUAUAGCUGCUACUGUAUUGGUGAAGGAAGCAGACAAACUAACAUUAGGGAAGAAUAUGAGCCUGGUAGUGCCUCACUCUGUGCAAGUUCUCCUGAGAAGUGCUGCAUCAGAUUCACCCACUGAUCAUGGGGCCCAACCAACAGUCAAGGACCUCACCCCACAUUCAUACCAGCUGGGUGACCUCGUCUGGGUUAAACAACAUCACACCAGCACCAGGUGCAGCGGGCCUUACACUGCUUUCCUCACCACUCCCACGGCAGUGAAGGUUGCUGGAAAAUGCCAAUGGAUCCACCAUACCCAGCUGAAAUGGACACCUCAGCCCAGGAACUCCUGCUCAGACCACUCCACGGAAAAAUGGAUGGUCCAGCAUUCCCAAGGAGACCCGCUGAAGAUAGGACUCAGUCGUUCAUCCCCCUGA